UGAAACAUGCCACCGUCCAACCUUACCAGCCUGACGCCGGACACGUUCAUCCUGGCUGGCAUCCCCGGCAUGGAGAGGUGGCACAUCUGGAUCUCCGUCCCCUUCUGCUCCAUGUACCUGGCGAUCCUGCUGGGAAACGGUGCCGUGCUCUUUGUCAUAAGGACGGAGCGUGGCCUCCACCAGCCCAUGUACCUCUUCUUGGCCAUGCUGGCCAUCGCCGACCUGGCGCUCUCAACCACCACCGUGCCCAAGAUGCUGGCUCUGUUCUGGUUCAGCGCCGGGGAGAUUUCCUUCGGCGCCUGCCUCACCCAGAUGUUCUUCCUGCACUUCAGCUUCUCGGCGGAGUCGGUGAUCCUGCUGGCCAUGGCGCUGGAUCGCUUCGUCGCCAUCUGCCACCCGCUGCGCUAUGCGGCGGUGCUGACCCCCACAGCUGUUGCCAAAACCGGGCUGGUGGCUUUACUGAGGAGUUUCUGCAUCAUUUUCCCUUGUGUGUUUCUCCUGAGGCGGUUGCCGUUCUGCGGGCACAGCGUCAUCCCGCACACCUACUGCGAGCACAUGGGCAUCGCCCGCCUGGCCUGCGCCGACAUCUCCGCCAACGUCUGGUACGGCCUGGCGGGGCCCAUUGCAGCCGUGGUGGCGGAUGUCGUCCUCAUUGCUGUCUCCUAUGUCCUAAUUCUCCUGGCGUUAUUCAGGCUCCCCUCCAGGACUGCCCGUCGCAAGGCUUUCAGCACCUGUGGCUCUCACAUCUGUGUUAUAUUCCUUUUCUAUGUUCCUGCUUUUUUCACCGUUUUAACGCAUCGCUUUGGUCAGGAAAUCCCCCAGCACGUCCACAUUCUGCUGGCCAACCUCUACGUGCUCUUCCCCCCGCUGCUGAACCCCGUCGUGUACGGUGUGCGGACACAACAGAUAAAAGAGAAGGUGGUGAAAGUGUUCCUCUGCCCCCAGAGCCGUUUGCUGCAAGGACAGGGGUGA